CCACCGUGGCCCCAGACGGUCGCGGCCGUGGCGCGUCUGCCAUGGACCACCGCCCCGCCCGCGCCGCGGCGGUGGAGCCUGGCGCGGAGGCCCCGGGCAGCCACGGCACCGCGGCCGCGGCGCUGGAGGCAGAGGGCGGCCUGCGGCACACCGCGGGGGAGCAGUCGGUCAGGACGGACCUCACGCAACCGUGUUCCGCGGCUUCGUGCGCCGCGACGAGCGCUGGCCCGAGGACUCGCCCCAGUACCUGGCGGGCUGCGGCAUCGAGAACCGGAAGAGGCCGCCACCAGAGGAGGUGCCGGGGGACGCGUUCGACCGCCAGCGCGUCAUGUGCGGCUUCGACCAGGGCCUGGUGGAGCGGCAGACCUGCCUGGUCCUCGGGGCCGGUGGGGUUGGCCAGGACGUCGCUCUCACCCUGGCUCGCCUGGGGGUGGCAGAGAUCAUACUGGUGGACCGGGACGUCUACGAGGCCUCGAACCUCACGCGCCAGUGCCUCGGCUCCAAGGCCGACGUGGGGCAGCGGAAGGUGGACGUGGCGGCACAGAACCUGCGCGGGCACCACAGCCUGCGCUCCGAGGUGCAGGCCGUCCACUGCGAUGCGGUGCUCGAGUGGCCGAGGGUGGUCGCCCUGGCGCGCACCGCCACCGUCGUCUUCAACUGCAUCGACGUGGGCGUGGCGUGGGACUUCUGCGUGAACUCCCUGUGCAAGGAGCUCGGCCUGCCGCUGGUCUGCGGGCAGUCCUUCGGGUGGAAGUACCUCGUGGAGCUGUACACGGGCUGCCCCGAGGAGACCUGCGCCUUCUGCCAGGACUCCCUCCUGUCGACCUUCGGGGCCAGCGAGCACGCGGUGUCCCGGGCGGGCGGCCUGCUCGAGCGGCUGGGCCUUUUCCUCGCCGCCGGCGCGCCGCGCGCGGCGGGCGCCGAGGUGGCGCCCGGCGAGCUCGCGCGCUUCCUUUCGGAGGACGUCCAGUUCCGCAGCUCCGGGAGCGUGCUGCUGGAGGAGGUCGUCUCGAGGGCGCUGGGGAGGGCCGGGCUCGCGGCGCUGAGGCCAGAGUCCCUCGCGGCCGACCUGCUGGCCUUCCUGCUCGGGCUCCACGCCGAGGUCACCGAGCGGCUCUUGCCUGGCGCCGUGUCGGCGCUUCCAGAUGUUGCGUUCGUGCCGCGCCCAAACCGGUCGACACCAGGUACGUCGGGAGCUGGGUCUGCCCGUGCCUUGGUUGCGCCGUGGCCAUGGUGUCCCAGUGGAUGGCGCUGCUCACGGCCGAGCUGCCCGAGGCGGAGCCGGGCGAUCCCGCUGCCGCCAGGGAGGGGGCGCCCCGCCCGUGCGCGCGGCCGAAACGGGUCUUGCCGCAGACCAUCACCGUCAACCUGGACUCUGGUAUGACCGCCGAGGAGCAGCUCGGCUACGAGCUGGGAGACCUCGGGGUGGCCCCCGACCGCUCCGAGCGGCGCUUCUGCCGGGAGCGGUCCAGCCGCGCGUGCGCCGUCUGCGCCGCGGCGGCCGCGCUGCGCGCGGAGGAGUCCCUCUUCUUCGGGCGCCUGCCGGCCGUGCUUGCGCCCGUGGCCGGCGACGCGGCCGCGGCCCCGGCGGCCUGGCGGGAGCCGCCGCGCCCCGACGACGGCUCUGGCCGCUUCGAGGCGCUGGCCGCGCGGGCCGCGGCGAGGGGCCUGCCCUCGGCGCACCUGGGCAAGGAGUACUCGGACACCGUGGUGCCCGCGGUGCCGGCGCUGGACUGGGAGCCGCAAGACCCGCGGCAGGCGGAGGGCGGCGCGGGCAGCGGCGCGGCCGUCUGGCCCCCCGAGCUGGCGGCGAUGCCGCUGCUGAAGAUCCCACCCUCGCUGCCAGCCGCGGGCGCCCCCAGCGCGCUCGACGGCGUCGCCUCGGGCGUGCGCUCCGCGCUGACCAAGGUCCGGGGCUCCUGGUGGAGGCUGAAGGGCUGCGGGAACCGGGAGGACGGCUUCCCCGUCGAGACCUGCGGCGACAGAGGGGAGCGCAGUGUACGGGGCUGCUGCUUCCCGCACUGCGUCCUGACGGAGCUGCGGGUCACCCUGUUGGCGGCGGACGCCUUGGCGACCGCUGGGCUGGAUUGCGCGAACCGGCCCGCGGGGCUGUACCGCUACUUGAGCGACCCUGCUUGGCCGCUGCCGCGGAUUGAGCGCUGUUGCGCGGUGUUCGAGACAAUCGGCAAUGCCCGGCUCGGCGACCACCUCGUCGCUGGCCUGCUACGGCUAGCGCCGAGCUUGCUGCCAGAGCCCAGCGACGGCUUCGGCGCGCUGCGGGCAGCAGUGGCCGCUGGGCGAGGACUUGAAGCAGCAGGCACAGAGGACCUGUGGCCCACCGCCACGGUCACGUCCUGCGGCAUGCCCACCGCUGACGCCGCCUCGAAGCUGUCAUCCUCGGGCAGCGCACUUGAGGAGGUCCCGCCCCGGCCUGCUGCCGCCUGCGCCGACCAGCUUCCCGAGGCCUUGGCCGGCACCUGGGACGCGGCGCGUGCGGGCCUGGCGGCGCGCCUCGGGCCUGCGAAGGAGGCGGCUGGAGAGCCCUCGCUGCUGCUGUGGCUGGCGUGGCGGCUCGGCUGGGAGUGCGGCGCCACGGUCCGAGCCCUGCACGGCGCGGGCAUCGCGUGGGGCACGUACGCCGACGCCAUGGGCAUCCACUGCAACGCCCACGCCAACAACUUGGUGGUCAAGCCGCCCUGGUCGGGACGGCCGUGCACCUUUCUGGCCGCGCUAGACUUCGACAUGGCCUUCACCCGGGACGGUUUCCUUCCGGCGGCCGCUGCAAAGGAGGCCGCCGCCGCUGGCAUGGGCUUACACACCUUCGAGGGCGUCCUGAGCUUCGAGGCCAACAUGGGCAUGAAGAUGGUGCUCGGCGGGAGCGACUUCGCCAGCACCGGCGUCGCCAACGAGGCGCCCGUGCCGUCCUCGCACGCCGUUGUUGAGAUGGCGCUGAGGGACACGCUGGUGACGGCCUACGACGCAGCACUGCAGGGCGGCGUCGACUCGCAUCCCCAUCAGACGGCGAUGAGGGAGGCAGCGUGCUACCUCAUCAAGCUCGCUCUGUGCCUGACAACGCACGUUGAGGGUUGA